CUCGGUAACUAAGGACUGAGCAACUGAGUUCUUCCCAACCACAAAAGUGCUAUGCCUCCUGAGGAUCUUCCUUAGCAACCGUGGACAAACAUGAGUUACUACAGCAUAAGAUAAGAGACAUUUGGACUGGCAUUCCUGAAGCUGCAUCCAUGGACACUGUAAAGACCGAGGGAUCUCAGCCUGCGUACAGUCGCUGGUCAUACAGACCUUCCAGUUCUGCCAGCUUCUCGUCUAACACAACAGCCAGUGGUAUUGAAAAUGACAGCAGCAGUCUUAUGCAACAGAAGCUGGAAAAACAGAGGGCACUGCUGGAGCAGAAGCAGCGGCAAAAACGUCAGCAACAUUUGAUGGUCCAGCCCAACACAGAGAUUCGCCCCCGGCGUUCCAGGGCACGGCGUGGUGAAGAGCAAGCCCCGCUAGUCGAAUCUCAACUCAGUGUCACCAACGAUGUCAUAAUAGAUGGUAUUGAUGGCCCAGCAGCCUUCCUGAGCUCAGAACCUCCUGAUAUAGGAAUGAAAAUUCAAAUCCUGUCAGUGAGCCAGUCCCAGUCUCAGUCCCAGCCUGAGUCUCAGUCUCAGUCCCAGUCCCAAUCCCCUGCUGCUGAAGAGCCUGAGAGAGACGGAGACACUGAGACGCUGCUGGAGCCCAAGACAGAUAUCCACGAACUGCUGCAGAAGCAAGGUCUGUGCGAAAGCAUGAACUUUGAUGAAGCCAGUGAGCACGAGGAAGACUUGGAGGAAGAACGGACACGUUCUCGGUCCUCUCACACAGACAGCAACAGGCCUGCCUCGGCUACUAGUGGCAAGGACAUUCCUGAUCUGGUUACCCCAGGAUCACCCACAGCGGAAAACUUACUAGCCGAUGUGGCGAAUCUGGAGGAGUUUGUCUUACGCCCAGCACCACGUGGCGUCACAGUCAAAUGCCGAAUCACCCGUGACAAGAAGGGUAUGGACCGCGGCCUCUACCCCACUUACUACAUGCAUAUGGAGAAAGAGGAUUGCAAGAAGGUGUUUCUGCUGGCAGGAAGAAAGAGGAAGAAGAGUAAGACAUCCAACUACCUUAUUUCAGUGGAUGCCACUGACCUGUCACGAGAGGGAGAGAGCUUUAUAGGUAAACUGAGAUCCAACCUCAUGGGCACUAAAUUCACAGUGUACGACAACGGGACCAAUCCGUGUAAAAACCCCGGGGCUCUGCUGGAAGAAAGCAACACACGACAGGAACUGGCUGCCAUCUGCUAUGAAACCAAUGUGCUGGGAUUCAAAGGACCACGCAAAAUGACUGUAAUCAUCCCUGGCAUGAACAUGAACUUUGAGAGGCUCCCUGUAAGGCCCCAAAAUGAGCAGGAGAGUCUCCUGAGCAGGUGGCAAAACCAUUCACUUGAAAAUCUGAUCGAGCUGCACAACAAGGCACCCGUGUGGAACGAUGACACCCAGUCUUAUGUGCUAAAUUUCCAUGGCCGUGUGACUCAGGCGUCAGUCAAAAACUUCCAAAUAGUUCAUGAUAAUGACCCCGACUACAUUGUCAUGCAGUUUGGUAGAGUUGCUGAAGACGUCUUCACUCUGGACUACAACUAUCCCAUGUGCGCUCUUCAGGCGUUUGCCAUUGGCUUGUCGAGCUUCGACAGCAAGCUGGCCUGUGAAUAGGUGCUGGUGCUCUGCCGGUAAAUUCCAGGAACUCAGUUUUUGUGCCCCCC